AUGGAGAAUUUACUUCCAGUAGGCAAUUAUAGUUUAAAAUUACGGUGGAAUUAUUAUAAUUAUUCACAAGAAACUGGAUUGUUCCGAGUUAUGAAUUACAAUAAAUCAUCUACUCCCACAUACAUUGUUAUGGGUACUAAGAAUCUGCGAUUAAUCAAGGCCCGUAAUUUAUUCCCGUGUUGGGAUGAGCCUAUUUACAAAGCUGAAUUUGAAAUUUCACUUAAACAUCCCAAAAAUUUAACUGCACUAUCAAAUAUGCCGGUUAAAAAUAAUUAUGUCACCGAGGACAAAAACAUUGUCACUUGUUUCAAUAAAACCCCCCGAUUAUCACCGCAUUCAAUUGGCGUUGCAAUUACAAAUUACCCUGUAACGCAUUCAGUAAUUAUGACAGGAAAAGAAGAUGGAUGCAUAAAUAAUUUGGGUCUUAUAUUCUACAAGAACAAAUUACACGGAAUAUCUUCGAAACCAUUAUCUCCGCUUGUUCUCUAUCAAAACAAAGAGUUUCAGGACCUGAAAGUUACUACGGCAUUGACUCUUCAAUGGUUUACAGAAAUAGUUACUCCUAUUGAUUUCAAUUAUUUAUGGUUAUUUUUGGCUAUUGGUCAUAAUACUGCUGCUAAAAUAAAUGAUCAGAUGUAUCAAAAAUUACGCAGAAUGGAAAUGCAAGUUAUGGAAAUUUUCGACUAUCAUUUUGAUCUAGAGUUUAAAUCAUUACCUCCAAUGUCAGAGAUAUCUGCUGGUGACCAAUCAUACAUAAGUCAAAAUUCAAAAAAAUAUUUAUACAUAAAAGGAAUUACAUUAAUGCUAAUGCUAGAACACACUGUUACUACUUCAGAGGUUUAUCAAACUGGAUUACAAAAUUAUCUUAAAAAUAAUUUAUUUAAAACAGCUACUUUGGAUGAUUUGUGGAACAGCUUACAACAUGCUUAUAAUAAUAGGUUCAAAAACAGUCCAAGAAAUAUAAAAAACAUAAUUGAUUGUUGGGUACAACAGCCGGGUUAUCCUAUUAUCAAUAUUACAAGAAACUAUGACACAGGUUUCCUAAGAAUUACUCAAAAAAAUGUUUUAAAGAACUUUGACAAUUCUACUUGGAUUAUUCCAUUAAAUUAUGCUAUAAAAUCAAAUCCUAAGUUGCCAUUACAAGAUUCUUUAUUUUGGAUAACCGAUAAAGAAACGACUGUAUUUUUGACGGAACUUAAAUCCGAUGACUGGAUCAUUUUUAAUGUUCAACAAUUUGGCCACUAUAGAGUAAAUUACGACAGCGAAAAUUGGAAACGUAUAAUCGAUUAUCUCAACUCAGAUAACUAUGAUAAAAUAAAUCCAAUAAAUCGCGGAGUUGUUAUCAGUGAGAUUGAAGAGAUUUAUAACAAUAAUAAUGAUUUAGAAAAACUAAUCAACUUACUAUGGUACCUCAGACGAGAACGGGAUAUUAUACCUUUGAUGAAAGCUGUCGGACCUUUGAAUACUGUUUCAAAAAUAAUGACGAUUGACAGAAAAAUAAUCAACAGUUAUAUAAACAACAUUUUGAGUCCGAUAAUCAGUUACCUUAAUAAUGAAUACGAGAAUAAUGAAUAUUUUUACUACACGGCGUAUUUAAGAUUACAGUUUUUACGAUUAUACUGUCCGAUUAAUUACGAAAAAUGUAAAUCACUAGCUAACAGAAUUUAUAAUGAACUAAUUAGUAAUUCGACAGAAAAACGACAUCUAGAUGAAUAUUUUUAUUCUUGGUCGCUGUGUAUUGCAAUCAGAGAUUUCAAUGAAAAACAAGUUGAUUAUUUUUUUUCUUCAGAGUUUCCAUUAUUACGACGUAACCCCUCAGAUAAAUUUAUGUACUUACACUGUAUAAAAAAUUAUACAAUUAUCAAAAAUCAUUUUGCCAGGGCUCUAUCAACUUACGCAAUAAUUUUUCCAAAAAAAAUUAUAGAAUUUGUUGAUACUUUUAUUUUUGAUAAUAAAUUUACAGGCGACAUUGAAUUUCUAUUGGAUUAUUUUAUUAAUAACUACACGGAUCUUGAGGGGAGAUUUUCAAGCGAAGACAGCAGAGAAAUAAUUCCGUCCCUAAUUUUACGAUUAAAUACAUUAAUCGCAGGGAUAAAACAGUGGGAAAAAUUGAAAGCGUUCAUUGAAUCACGAGCAUCAGAACUUAAUGAUCGAUACCCAGUUUUUAAAAACAAUAUUAUCCAAGAAUUAAUGUUGCACCAAUCACUAUAUCUUCAGAAUAAUAUUAAAUAUAGUGGUAUUAUAAUGAAAACAAUGUCGAAAGAAUAACGAAAACAUACAUUAAUGAUGAA